AAAUUUUCGAAAUUAUUUAGCAGAACCGGUGACUGUGAGCCACAUGGAACUCAUUAUAUCAUACAGAAGCAGUUUCAGAUACUACAAAGUUUUUAAAGGUUUACAAAACUCCAGAGCAUCAUAUAAGAAAUAUAAUAGGUCCUGAGCGAAUUAAGCAAAUAUCAGAAAAUCGGCAAACAUUUACUCGUAUAAUAGAAUCUACAAUUUUUUUAGGACGCGAAAAUUUACUACUUAGAGGGCAUAGAUAUAGGAGACAACUUUUUUAUAAUGAUAGCACGAAUGACGAGAAUGUCCUAAAUAAUGAAGGGAACUUUAGAGAACUAAUACGGUUUAGAGUCGAGAGCAGCGACAAUUUAUUGAAACAAACUUAGAGAACCCAAAAACGCAUGCUACAUACACAAGCAGUCGCAUCCAAAAUGAAAUUAUAGAAUGUUGUGGCGAAGAAAUCUUGGAUACAGUUUUAAGUCGCGUCAAACAAAGUCAGUAUUACAGUAUUAUAUUUGACAAAACUACAGCCAUUAGCCAUAAAUCAUAAAUGUCAAUCGUAUUACGGUAUUGUUAUCAAAAAUAUAUUUACCAGGACUUCAUGGGAUUUGUGGGUUACUACUCAAAUUUUGAUGAAGAUAGAAUGGAUCCCAAACUCACAGGUCAAAUUCUUGCUCAAACAGUCAAUCAUUUCAUAAAAACCACAAACAUGUGGGCGGCAUUGGUACUGAUACGUGUAACUUAUUGGUAGGUGAACAAAGGGGCACUGUAAUGGAAUUGCAAAAAUAAAGUAGCAGUGUCCAAGCAUUAAGAAAUGCUGUAGGUGUAAUGAAGGAAGUAAUUGCGUUCUUCACAGCAUCCGCUAAAAGAAGUACAGCAUUAAAAAGAAAACUAGACGGAUACCAAAUUCAUAGUAUGUGCGAAACGCUAUGGACCGAGAGACUUGAUUCUGUGCUCCAAUUUGAGAGCAAAUUCUAGAAAAUUGUAGAGUACCUCUACAAUAUUAUAUCAAAUUGGAAAGACCGCGAAGCUUCUUCAAAAGCGGAAUCUUUGAAGACUUCCAUUACUUAUACCCAAUUUAUCGUAUCACUAAAGUGUUUGUGUGAUAUAUUAGCUUUAUCAAUCAACCCGAGUAAGAUUUUACAAUCAAAAACAAUUUACAAACAAUACGCUGUCAAACUCAUAGGAAAUAUUAUUUCAGUUGUACAAGAAAGACGCGCAAACUCUUGCAAACACUUCAGAAUAUUAUUCGCAUCUAUAAUGAAUUCGCAUGAAACCCUGGGUAUUGAACUGACUGUGCCAAGAAUAACAAGCAGACAAAUGAACAGACCGAACAUAGUUACGUCUGAUAACGAAAAUCAUUACAGACUUAACCUAUAUGUCCCUUUGCUAGAUAACAUAUUACAGGAUUUGGUAUACCAGUUCAAUGAAGAAUCAAUGAAGAAUCUUUGAAUAUAUACAAUAUAUUUCCUUUGCAUCAGUAUUUAAUUCAAAAACUGAAGCUGAAGUAAUGGACAUAUUAGGAACAAUCUCUUAAUAUUUGCAUGGACUAAAUAGUAACGAAAUCAAAAAUUUAAUAAGUACCAGAUUAUAAGCAGAAUUUGACGUUUAGGAGGCACGUAUACAAGACAUUAUAGACAGUGGAAUGUCACUAUACUUAUUAUGUGAUGAAAACAUUUUUCUUCAAUUAAUAGAUGCCUACAACUAUUGAUUUCAUUGCCGGUAAGUGUUGCUACAUCUAAAAGACGUUUCUCCCAUAUAAAGAGGAUAAAAACAUGGCCGCGCUCCACUAUGUUACAAGAGCGAUUAGUGGGUUUAGCUCUUUUGUAUAUGCAUAGGGUUAUUAAAAUAGACGUGAAUACAAUCAUAGAUAGGUUUGUCAGCAAAAAGGAUAGGCUGCUUGAUUUUGUAAUAUGAUAACACCUGAAUUUUGCCUAAGGUUGUCUCUCAAAUCCAUCUCCCUUCUGUCGGCCAAUAAAUAAAAAAGCAGAUGUAGUUUUACUUACAUUUAAACCACCACGGUGAUCUUUUCCAAAGUAUCCAAUCAAGGUAUGUGCUUUUAUUUAUUGGCCAGCAGAUUGAUAUAAAAGUCUGUUCAAAUUCUGUUCAAAUCACUUUCUAAGCUAAUGUAAUAAUUGUUUUAUUUUGAGACUGUGAAAUGAUGUGUUUCAUAGUUUAUAUGUUUUUGUUUUUUGAGACUGGCUAAUAGAAUGU